GUCUCGCGGAACUAACGUUAUGUCCAAUUGUCGAGUUACAGUUUCACAUCGGAAAUAAAUAUGCGUCGGACCAUCAUACCCAGAGAGGAACAGUUGAUCAGUGUAAAUCCAAAAUAAGAAACAUGCUAGUCAGUGUCUCCGGUUCAUAGGCGUUGUUUUAGGUUAUCUUUGCUGGUGUACUGAAAACGGUUACAUUAUUUCAGAAGCGGACAUGUUGAGCUUGUUGCAGUAGUUGUUCGUUUUCUUAGAAGAUGUUUGCCAAACCGUUCCGUGUCAAAUCUAACACGGUGAUAAAAGGAUCAGACAGGAGAAAGCUCAAAGCUGACGUAUCUGCAGCCUUUCCUUCACUCUCUGCUGAAGAGCUGUCGGAGCUGGUCCCCAACAAAGAGGAAUUAAAUGUAGUGAAGAUUUAUGCACAUAAAGGCGAUGCUGUGACACUUUAUGUUCUUCACAAAAAUCCACUGUUCUUUGAACUAGAGAAACGACUUCAUCCUACAGUGUAUGUGCUGUGGCGCUACCCUGCUCUCCUGCCAACAUUCAGGACAUGGCCUCCUGUGCUUCAGAAGUUGAUCGGCGGAGCAGAUCUCAUGCUGCCAGGCGUAGUGGUGCCUACAAGUGGUCUUCCCGAUGUGACACAGGGCGACUGCUGUGCUGUUACAUUAGUGAACAAUAGAGCCCCUGUUGCAGUCGGCACAGCUGCAGUGUCCAGUGCAGAUAUGCGCAGUUCAGGCAUGAAAGGAAGAGGAGUGUGUGUUCUCCACACAUACAUGGAUAAUCUCUGGGCUUUUGGGGAUAAGUCAGGUCCUCCUACUUUAUCGGAUGCAGAUAGCGAAGGACAUGGGAUGAAUGGAGAAGAAUAUGAGGAUAAUGAGGAGGACGAAGAGAAGGAGGAGGUUGAGAAGUGUGUGGAGGAGGAGCAGAUUCCUGGGGAAACGGUCACAGAUCCAGUCUUUUCUCGUAUUGAGGAGCUGAGUCUAGCUGAGCAGGAGGAAGAGAAGGGUGAAAAGGGCAAUGAGGAAGACGAUAAAAACCAGGACGAGCAGAAAACGCCACAAGAGGUAAUGGAUGCCCUACUCGUGCAGUGUUUUCUGCAUGCCCUUAAGAGCAAGGUGAAGAAAUCAGAGCUCCCUCUACUGACCAGUACAUUUCUCCGCAACCACAUGUUCUCCUGCUGCCCAAGUGGAAAGCAACUUGAUAUCAAGAAAUCCAGCUAUAAAAAGCUGUCCAAGUUUCUUCAGGCCAUGCAGCAGCAGCACAACCUUGUGCGAGUGAAAGAACUGGCCAAGGGUGUGGAGAGCAUUGUGGAGGUCGACUGGAAAAAUCCAGAACUGCGUUUGUUCAACGUUCCUAAGGAAACGGAUGGUGAAGCAGCUCCUGUUCAGGAAGGAGAAACUCCGUACCAUCCUCCUGAGAUCACAUAUCUGUACUCGGUGUCUGCUCGGCUGGAGCCUCUCUUUCUGGAUGCAAACAAGAGGAAAGGAACAAUCCUGCAGCCUGCUGAAGUGAGAAGUAUUGUCAUGGAGUAUGUGAAGAAGAAUGAACUGGUGGUUGAAAAUAAUAAAAAUUACGUGACCAUAAACCCGACUCUAUGUGACUGCUUGCUGGAGAAAUCAGAGUACCAGGAGGUAGAGUCUCUCAAGUGGGAUGACCUCUUCAGCAGGACGUUGGGAAGAAUGCAAGAAUGCUAUCAAGUUAUGUUCCCUGGACAAACACCCAUAAUAAAGAAGGGCCACAUUGAGCCCAUAGAGAUCUCUGUGGCUUCUCGAGGCUCCAAUAAAAAGGUGACUCUAAUAAAAAACCUGGAAGUGUACGGUUUGGAUCCUGCUGUUGUGGCCACUGCUUUGCAGUACAGAGUCCAGGCCAGCUCCGUCUUACAUCCCAUCCCUGGGGCCAAGGAUAAAGUCCUGGUCCAGAUCCAAGGCAACCAGAUUCACCAAGCUGGCAAUUUACUUUUAGAUCACUAUCAAAUUCCUCGCAAGUACAUCCAAGGACUAGACAAAGCUCUGAAAGGUGGCAAGAAGAAGUAGCAUUUCUACCUGCUAUACAAGCUGUUUACUUUCUUUUAAAGCUGCUUUACUGUAUGUAAACAUAACAACAACAAACUGUUCACCUUUCAUGUAAUAAAGUUGAUUCACUGUCAACUUCUGAAGGUUGAUGAA